UUUACCCCAGGAUAGUCCUUAGGAGCACCUGCCCCCUUUCUUUGCGCACUGUCAGGUCUCUCAGAAGACUACCCACUUACUGAUUUUUGUCAUUGGUAAUACUCUUUUCAGGAGAAUAAUGAUAUUCUUCAUUCAGACUUAAAAUAGUUAUUUGGUUAGGGAUGGGCUAUUCCUGAGUUCCUCUGAAUCCAGCAGCUGACAAUUUCUGGGUGCUUUUUUUCUCCUUCCUCCAUGCCUUAGAUUUCUGCCCUCCCUCAAGAGAAGGUUCCAGGAGACAAACCAGUGUCGCUUGUAUUCCUAACAGCUUAUCUCUGGGUUAUUGUGAUCUGUAUAUAUUAUUGAGAAGAGGAUAAAAUCAAGAUUCUACAAUGCAGGUCCCUUGUUCUGCACAGAGGACAUCUUCCUUCAUGAUUUUUUUUUUCAGGCAAGAAGACCAAGCCUGAUGUAACAAACAGUGUUAAGUGACUUGUGGAAGAUGACGAGGAUGUCGAGGGUCAGGGAACCUGGUCAUCAGGGGCUUACAAUCGGAGAAGGUGACGAUACAUGCCGGACAAGGAAGAGGAGGGGCAUCCUGCAGGAAUGCCUGAGAGUACAGUACAUGCACACAUACACACAGAACAUUCCCAGGACAGUGUUACUGUAACCAUAGUCAUCUUUGAGAAAGUACCUUGUAAGUAUCACGAACUUGAGAGACAGUUUCCUGUAAACUGCACCUAUUGGACAGACGUUCCUUGAGUGCGUUACAAGCAGCACAAAUGCCCGCCAAAUUUCACUGCAAAUGAACCAUCAGAAACUUAACAUGCAGAAGAAGCCUUCAAGGUGUAGUGAAUGUGGGAAAUUCUUUACUCAGAGAUCGUCUCUUACUCAGCACCAGAGGAUUCACACGGGAGAGAAGCCCUAUGUAUGUAGCGAAUGUGGAACUUGUUUCCGUAAACAGUCAAAUCUUACUCAACAUUUGAGAAUUCACACGGGAGAGAAACCUUAUAAAUGUAAUGAAUGCGAGAAAGCCUUUCAAACAAAAGCAAUCCUUGUUCAGCAUCUGAGAAUUCAUACUGGAGAGAAACCCUAUAAAUGCACUGAAUGUGGCAAAGCAUUUUGUCAGAGCCCUUCCCUUAUCAAACACCUGCGCAUUCAUACUGGAGAGAAACCUUAUAAAUGCACGGAAUGUGGCAAAGCCUUCAGUCAGAGCAUUUGCCUUACUCGUCAUCAGAGAAGUCACUCUGGAGUUAAACCUUAUAAGUGUAAUGAAUGUGGGAAAGCCUUUAAUCAGAGUGCAUGCCUCAUGCAGCAUCAGAGAAUUCAUUCAGGAGAGAAGCCCUACACAUGUACUGAAUGUGGCAAAGCCUUCACUCAGAACUCUUCCCUUGUUGAACAUGAGAGAACUCACACUGGAGAGAAACUUUAUAAGUGUAGUGAGUGUGAAAAAACUUUCCGCAAGCAAGCACACCUUAGUGAACAUUACAGAAUCCAUACUGGAGAAAAACCUUAUGAGUGUGUUGAAUGUGGGAAAUCCUUCAGGCACAGCUCAGCACUUGUUCGACACCAGAGGCUUCAUGCUGGAGAAUAAAACUUGGGAUAUAAACCAUGUG